CGGACGCUUCAACCGACAAUGGUCGCCGACGCACACCACCAAAGGCCAAAUGCAGCGUCCUCCAACUCGAGCACGAAAACUCGGGAGUAGACUACGUCCUCAGCGCAAAAGCCAUCAACCCCUCCCCCAUCGACGGCUCGGGCGUCUACGUAGGCAGCCUCCUCCAAUCCAUAACGAAACGUCUCGCCCUCGGCGUCGAAACAUACUACCAACGCGCGCCAGACGGCGGUGACCUCGCAGCCACCUACUCUUUCAAAUACACCGGUGGACCUACCACCCCCGAAAUCAUAAAAGAGGGCUCGAUGGCGGGUCCUCCAGGUUCGAUGGUCGCUCCGUCUGAUCAGUGGAUCGCGACGUGCCAGUUUCAAGCGAUUGGCUUGCUCCAGGCGUCGUAUUGGCAUAAAUUGAGUCCGCAGGUGGAGGUGGCUGCUGAUUUGCAGGUUAUUGCGGCUCCUAUGAAGCGGGAUGCGGUCGCGACUGUAGGGGCCAAAUGGGAUUUGAGGAUGGCGAGCUUUAGGGCGCAGUUUGAUUCGACGGGGAAGGUUAGCGCGAUGCUGGAACAACGAUUUGCUCCCAACUUUUCGUUUCUCAUGACGGGAGAGAUUGACCACUUUAAGGCAGGCCUUCCGAACCUGACCCCGUCGGCACUGCAUCCCCUGUCCGCUCGACCUCCCGGCAGCCAUCCAAUACCGAACUUCAUUCUCCCUCGACCUCUCUCAGGCAUCAAAACCAUACCUCCUACCAAUGCUCCAUUUGCCAGAGAGAGUACCCUCGAGUCGCCGGAGCAAAGGGGUGCGAGAACCGGCACCUUCAAAUCAAGCCGUACGUUUGUACUGGAAAAUGUGGUGAUAAGAACUGGUGCGUCAUUCUUGACCCGGGAAACGCAUUUCAAAGCAGAACCGUGCGGAUCAUAUCAAGAAGCAUUGCAGAGCCGCGCGUCCCUGAAGAUAUCACUAAAGAAGAGAACCUGUAGACUGGAAGGCCACUGCCUGUGCGGAGCGAUGGAAGAAUUAAGCACCCAGACAUUUGUAUUUGAUAAGCCGAAUAUCCCAAAGUACGAACGUGAAGAGCCUACUGAAAUAUCCACAUACGAGAAUAAUGAGGGACAUAUGUCACCCAUACCGGGGCUGGACGACUUGUUUUGGGAGCAUAUGUACAGUGUUGAGCGAUAUGCACUAUCCCAAGAAGAGUACGAAGCGGAAUUCUCGGCUUGGUUAAGGUCCUACCUUUUUUCAGACAGUAUUACGACCGAAAUUGCGACCGAAGUGCCCAUAUCUUACGUCACUCAUGCCGAGGCAGAGGAUCCGCCCCAUUUACCAGAUAGUCACUUGUUCAAUCCGGCAUCUCCGCCUAUUAUGACAAAUAUCGAGCACAAUACCAAAUCUCAUCUCUGUAAAAUCUGUUCUAAGGCAUUCCAUCGAGUGACUGGCGCCAAAGGGUGCGAGAAUAGGCAUCGCCGGGUCAAGCCAUAUGCAUGUACGAAGAAAUGUGGGGAUAAAAACUGGUACGGCAGAGUGUCACUUUUAACUAGAACUGACACGGAUGACACAGCACGAGGACAUUUGCAGCGGCCAAGGAAUGGCGCAGACACGAUUGUCCGCUGGAAACAAAGACGUUCCGUUCGGGAAGCUUAUUUUAAAGCAGAACCGCGCUGGCCAUCUUAA